AUGAAAGGAUACUGGUCUGGGCAUACUGGUUUUGAUAAUAAAAAUGAAACAACCAAUAGUUCAAGUCAAGACAAUGAAAAUGCGAUACAGUCAUCUAUUAGUUCAAAUGAUGAAACAACUAGUAAUUUACGUCAAGACGACGAAAAUGAGAUACAGCCAUCUACUAGUUCAAAUGAUGAAACAACUAGUAAUCCAA